AUGGGCUCAAGCAUGCUGGCCGUGCCCCCUCCACCUCCAAGCAAAUCAUCUGCAUGGCCAGAACGCAUAGAGGAAGUGCCUGUGCGCACCAACUCUCCUCCCCCUGAUCAGCAACAUUUGGAAUUCAGUGUUGCCAAUAAUGGGAAGUCUGCAGAAUUCCCAGGGUGCCUAAGUCCACAUCGAUCGAGGCUCCCUGGCCAAAGUACAUGGAUCUCAUGGGGAGGGACUCAGAGACAGUUUUUGGAGUACCAUGCACCCAAAGACAAUGAAGAACAUGUCUUUAGGGAGCGGAUGCGUCCCAGAAAGCGCCAGGGAGCAGUGCGGCGCAGGGUCCAUCAGGUUAAUGGGCACAAGUUUAUGGCCACCUAUCUUAGACAACCAACCUACUGUUCACACUGCCGGGACUUUAUAUGGGGAGUAAUAGGAAAGCAGGGGUACCAAUGUCAAGUUUGCACUUGCGUAGUCCACAAGCGAUGCCAUGAGCUUAUAAUAACGAAAUGUGCCGGCCUGAAGAAACAGGAAGCCCACGAUGAGGUGGGCUCUCAGCGCUUCAGUGUCAACAUGCCUCAUAAGUUCAGCAUCCACAAUUACAAAGUGCCCACUUUCUGUGACCACUGUGGUUCAUUGCUCUGGGGUCUUCUGAGACAAGGUUUACAAUGCAAAGUUUGCAAGAUGAAUGUACAUAGACGCUGUGAAUCAAAUGUGGCACCAAACUGUGGAGUGGAUGCUCGAGGGAUAGCUAAAGUUCUCACAGACCUGGGCAUCACUCCAGAGAAGAUCACUAAUAGUGGACAAAGAAGGAAGAAGCUUGUUCCAGGUGCUGAAUCUCAGCCACCAGUUCCUGGAUCCUCACCAGGAGAAGAUGACAGAUCAAAGUCAGCACCAACUUCUCCAUGUGAUCAAGAAAUUAAAGAGCUUGAAAAUAACAUUAGGAAGGCUUUGUCAUUUGACAAUCGAGGAGAAGAACACCGGGGAGCAGGAACAGCCUCAACUGACAACCAGUUAAAUGCACUCGGGGAGAACGGUGAAAACGGGGAAGUCAAAGCCCAGAUGAAGCGCAUGGGCCUCGAAGAGUUUAACUUCAUUAAAGUCUUAGGAAAAGGCAGCUUUGGAAAGGUCAUGUUAGCUGAGCUCAAAGGUAAAGACGAAGUAUAUGCAGUAAAAGUCUUAAAGAAAGAUGUCAUCCUACAAGAUGAUGAUGUGGACUGUACAAUGACAGAGAAACGGAUUCUGGCGUUAGCACGGAAACAUCCCUACUUAACUCAGCUCUACUGCUGCUUCCAGACCAAGGUCAUGUUAGCUGAGCUCAAAGGUAAAGACGAAGUAUAUGCAGUAAAAGUCUUAAAGAAAGAUGUCAUCCUACAAGAUGAUGAUGUGGACUGUACAAUGACAGAGAAACGGAUUCUGGCGUUAGCACGGAAACAUCCCUACUUAACUCAGCUCUACUGCUGCUUCCAGACCAAG